AUGAGUAGUGGGACCGGUCUGACCGGAUCACACGAUGAACGACGUCUAUUCGAACAUUUCGUCAUAGCUGGACUCCCCGAAAACCAACAACUGGAACGUCUGACUCCUUCAUCCGAAGAAUGCGGCCUCCGAAACACUCAACCACUGGCACCAAUCACAGAUAUCGCUGUGAUUUUUCCGAGUCUUGGUGAAAAACCACCCGACGGAUUCGAUGUGAUCGAAUCAACUACCCUGGGCUAUCCCGCCGAUUUAAAUCAUGGUUCCAUCGGCCAAAAAUCGUGUUUUCUGUGUUUUCGACGUGGAUAUCAUAAGGCUCCGUUAGUGGAUAUCGGGAUAUUGGAUGAGGGGCGGGGCGACAAACCGAUGGUCGACUCGAAUGUUGUACAGACGACGCCGUUCGGGCGGUGUGCCAAUGUUAAUAAUGCGUCGCAGGGAAUCUACCUAACCUACCGUCGUGCUCCACCGAAUUCCUCGCAAAGCCAAUUCGUCGUCACCGAUAUAAAAGUGAUUCUCGCGAAUAAAGGAGAAAUCCCGCCGCAUACCUAUUAUAAAAUCACAAAAAACUUGAACAAGGGACUCGUCGGUUCCGAUGUGUUCAUUUGUUAUAAAAAGUCACAGGGAACCGCGAAACGGUUGGCUUAUAAGCCGGCAGUGUUGGAUUAUUUCCCGCGGUCCGAUCAUUCCGAUGUGAUGGAGGAUUUCAAAUUAGCGCAGAAUGUCGCAAUGUUUUGUCUUCCAAUGGGUGCACUCAUCGAGUGUUGGCCGACGAAAUGCGCUCCACCGGACAGAAGUUUUUCCACUUUUGUGCUCACUGAUGAGAAUGGCACGAAAUUCUACGGCUCCGCUGUGACAUUCUACGAGAAAUAUACAAAAGAGUUGACUGAAGAUCAACUCGAAACCUUAGAUCUCCGCAGUAAUGAAAAUGACCAAGAGGGCGGGACAGUCGGCGAUUCAAAUAGUAAUAAUGACCCGGCUGAUGAUGUCCUCUUCUACAAAAAUGUGUCAAUAUGUCUGAUCUCACGAUUUCCGUUCUUCAACUCUUUCAAACGCUUCCUUUUCUUCCUUCAUCGAAUGUCAUCGACACCGAGUUGCGGUCAUCCAGUGCCAAUUGAGCGUUAUAUUUCACAUUUAAUGUACGAAGUCUCGUUUCCAACACCUCGUCGGCCACGUGUCUUCAUGCAAUUGGGCGCUGAAAAUAUCAGUUUCGAUUCACAUGAUGAUAGUCAGCUCCCAUUGAACGGUGCCCAGUUAAUCGAUACUCUGAAAUACCUGGGAUCUGAUAAUUUGAUGUAUUUAAUGUUGUUGGCACUGCUCGAGCAGAAAAUAUUGAUUCAUAGUUUAAGACCCUGGAUGCUCGCCGCUGUCGCUGAAUCAGUAUGCGCUUUGAUGUUCCCAUUCCAUUGGCAAUGUCCAUACAUCCCACAGUGUCCUCUCGGUCUCGCCGGUGUUCUCCACGCCCCCUUGCCAUUCAUCGCUGGUGUAGACUCAAGAUAUUUCGAGCUCUAUGAAGAUCCGCCUGAUGACGUCACCUGUUUCGAUUUGGAUACUUCUACGAUCAGUUUUUCAUCCGUUCGCGCCUCUUUCAAGACAUCAAUGUUGCCGAAAAAACCGGCGAAACAGUUGAAAAACGCGCUGGAAGAUAUAUUUGGGAAGCUUCAGCAGCUGGAUUACUCGCAAAACGAAAAAACGGAGGGAGGCUUUAUUCCAGUCGAUAAGGAUCUGAAACAGCAACAGAAACGGCGGGAAUAUGAGAAUGCCAUUCACGACGCUUUCUUGAAAUUUAUCGCUAGCAUUAUGAAGGGAUAUCAGGCGUUUUUGCGGCCGAUCAAGAGUGCACCGGCUAAUGCACACGCAACUGAUACCGGGAAUCUGUUUGAUUUGGAUGGGUUCUUGAGAUCCCGUGACCGUUCAUCUGCAGAAUUCUACAAACGAUUCUCUGAGACUCAGUCGUUUAUGAGAUUCAUCGAGGAACGAAGCUUUGUAUCCGAUAAAAAUACGUAUAAUGCAUUCUUUGAUGAUUGUAUUAUCAAGCUGACGACAGCUGUUGAAGAUGGCCGAGACAUUGGGGAACUUCAACUUCUCGAACCGGACAACUCUCACAGUCAUACAACGACGCCGACUUGUGCGAUAACGGAUACAAGAGUGGUAUUUAUCCCUGCACCCGAGCCAUUUGUCAACCAGGAGACCGGUGAGGAGAUGCAAUUUGUGUAUGGAGAGUUUCCAACCAAGAUGAAAAGCGAGAAUUUCCAAUUGGAUCGUUUGGAGAAAAGCGGGAAGGAUGGGGAGAAGGUUCCGAUGCAUUUUGAAGCUUCUAGAUGCUCUGCAGUACGCACGAAACCAGAAACCAGGUCUUCACUUCUCGCAGCAACGAACGCUGUGAAAACUAACCCACUUCAUUGGUCAAAGACGCUGCUCUUCUACUCGUACUCUUUGUGGUUCAUGCAAUUGGAUAGUCUUCUGAUUGCUGCGCCAAACAAGAAGAAGAUCAUCCGACUCGCGUUUAAUGUGCUCGAUCGAAUGGAGAAAACGGAAAUAUUCCCUCUGGAUCAAGUGUGUUAUCGAAUUCUUAUCGAGUUGUGCGGAAAAUAUAAUCAGCCGGCGAUGGCGGUGAAAGUAAUGAGAGCGAUGCAGAGAGCUGGGUUGGAACAGAACGCUGUCACCUACGGAAUCUACCAUCGCGCUGUUAUGGACGCCACGUGGCCUUCACCUGCCCGAACGAAAGCCAUCAGAAUGUGGAAUUUGCUGAAAAUCGUUGUAACCGGAGCGGAAUUCCUUCGAAAAUUGGCGAAAGUCGACCGGCGGCCCCUCGAUUUAUCAGUGUUGGCUUCCCAGACGCCAGAAAAUGGAUCUGCUGAAAAUGUGGCAGAGAUUACUGUAGACUAUCAAAUUACAUCGUAUCCAUUGGAUGAAGAGGAGAAUGAUCGGAAAAGUUCAGUUUCCAGUCAACAGAAUGCGAUUAUGGAUCCACUUGGAGCAAUGGGACUCGAGAAUUCGAGAGAAAAGGCGAAAGAACGAUCGAAAUCGCUUGGAAAAAUCGGAAUGUCUCCAUCGAGAGCAAAGUUCUUUGCCGAUCACGCGACACUACCAUUUUCCAGCGAAAAUACACCGAAAUCUGACAAAAAGACAGAGAAAAGUGGAUGGUUUAAAGGAAUUGCGAACAGUCCAAUGUUCAAAAUGAUCAAAAGCACCACUUUCGACUCCCCCAAACCGCCUUCCGCCGAUAGCAGUGACGCUGGUUCCAUCACUGGCUCCUCCCCAUCCUUCCAUUCCGUCGUCACUCAGUUCAAAAAAGGAUAUGAUGACGUCAUGCCGUCCAGAUUCCGUCUUGGUGUGACCACUCUUCUCAACAAAUCUGUUGGUGCGAUGGGAAGCGGAAUGAUUUAUUCAGAUGACCGCACGUCGUCCGAGAAUCCAUUUUUUGUGAACGCCAAGGACCCCGCCUACGUUCUGGAUUCAGGCAACCCGUGUUGUCUGCUAAAAGAAGAAUACUGGAUGAGAGAGGUCUAUUUACAGUUGAAAAGGAGUAGAGAACGACUGGAAAAGGGUCAGAAAUCCAUGGAAAGUACAUCGGAAUCGGCUGAAAAUGAGGCCGAAACACUUCCGUUCUCCUCUCCAAAAAACGCGGCGGGAAAACUCGAAGUGAUUCUAUGCACUGCCACGUAUUGUCCAUCAUGUCACACAAUGGUUUACGACGAGGAAAUAAUGGCUGGAUGGAAAGUUGACGAUCAGAAUCUCAAUACAGUAUGCCCGCAUUGCUCUGGAAAUACAAGUGGAGCUACCGACGCCGUCGCGACAACUGAAACGACGAGUCCGGAGAGUGUGUUCGCACCACGACUAAAAAUUCGAAUGCGUUGGAUCGAUGAGAUGCGUAAUAGUUGGUAUCAGCCAGGAGGACUUCAGGAGUCGAGGAAUGCGACGCCCGAAAAGACACCUCCACCGCCCGAAACCUGUCUUGAAGUCGCCUUCGUGAGCCCUCUCGUCCUCCGUCGUGAACUCGAAACCAUCCUCACAUUGGACAAAGACGCAAUGAGAAACGAAUCGAUAAAAACGACGCACCCCAUCGUAUUCUGGAAUUUGAUCUACUACUUGCGUCGUCUCUCUCUUCCUUCUCAUUUGUUCUCGUGGAUUUCUGAAAGACAUCACAUCAGAUGUGUAUUCGAUAUUCCAACGCAACACGAUGAAUCGAUUAUUCCAUUGUAUUUCUAUAAUCCGAAUCAUGAUGGAAAUCCGGCAUUCGGAGAAUUUAAUCAGAAAAUUCAGAGAAGAACUGAUGAUGGAAAAGAGACGAAUGCGUACUCGUCAUGGAAGUUGGUGACGGAUUCAGUGAAUAAGAAUUUGCUUUUUAAAGCCGUCCAAACGCUGGUUAACUCGUCGAGAUUAGUGAAGAACGGGAGUGUUCAUGUUGGAGCACAUUUCCCUAUUUUCAGAGACAUCCAAUUCGCCUCAAUCGAUCUAUUCGGUCGCGCCCUGCUCCGCGACGCUUUGGACACUCAAUACGACACUGAAUCUAAUAAAUUGCCGCCAAAAAUCAAAGAAAUUCUUCCCCUCCAAGAUCAUCCACUAUCCCAUGUCACAAGAGCGUGCCGUAAAGUUUUUAUGCCACUCGACCUAUUUUAA